UGAAAAUAUCAACAACAUCAUUCAACAUUUUUAUUAAAGCUCAACAAGUGUCGUAUUCAAAAUUAAAAAUAUUUCAAAGAAUUAUAAACUCGUUAAAGUUAUGCGGAGCGCAGCUGAAGAGGCAACAGCUGCCACCGCAGAAAUUGAAAAGAAUAUAAAAGUCCCUUACCGGCCGCAAAAAUUAUAACACACACAAACAAAACCAAAAAAAAAAAAAAAGACCGAUAAGCCGAUUCGGUUCCAUCUGUCCAUUGAGAUUUCAUGAACAAAUUGGCCAAUGGCGGCCAAAGAGUCAUUUCGGGAGAGACAAACCCAGGAGUUGGAGGUGAUCAAAUCUAUUUUUGGCGCAGAAGUAGAGGAUUUGCGGCCACAGGUGAAAAAUGGGCCGUGGAAACCUACAGACAUACGAAUCCUAUUAACGCCAUUGAGGGACUCGUCGAAUGGGCAGACUAAGGCUUAUGUGCGCACUAAACUCCAUCUGACGUGUCCCUCCAAGUAUCCAAAGCUGGCACCUAAAAUAGCUUUGGAGGAAUCAAAGGGGAUGUCUGACCAGCUGUUGGAUGACCUGCUGGCUGAACUUCACGCUCAAUCCGAAGAGCUGCGGGGCGAGGUGAUGAUAUACGAGCUGGCACAGACAGUGCAGGGAUUCCUGCUUAAGCACAAUAAACCCCCGAAGGGAUCCUUCUAUGACGAAAUGCUGCAGGAGAAACAGAAAAGAGAACAAGAACAACUUGACCAGCAGAAGCAAAAGGAAACUCGCGAACGACAGACUCUGAUUGAUGAGGUGGAGCGCCGCAAAGAGAUGUUCAAAACAGAGGCCAAUAAGAGACGCGGUGAGCCCAGGCGUAGCAUGAGCGAGUCGAACCCAAGGCACGCCAGCUCCUCAGAGAGUUCGGAAAACUCCUCACCAUACUAUCGGGGUCAUUGCUAUCCGAGUAAGUGCACGGAUCACCGCAACACUGAGACUUUAUAUUUUCACAAAGUGGGCAGACAAAUUCAGCGCGGCAGCUGUCUGGGCCAUUCGCAGCGUGGCUGCAUAGCCUACACGGCCAUCGAUAUACACAGUGGCCAAUUGCUCUAUGUGACCGAAUGGAAUAUUAAAUAUUCCCAGCUGGAGCAGGCCUGUGGAAACGGCAUGGGCAAAUGCCAUUGGAGUAGCGAAUCGUCUAAAUGCUUAGGCAAUCAUCGUGUGGAUGAUUUAAUUGCCUCCAUUGAGAAGCAAGUCACGAUGCUAGCGCAGCUGCAGCACAAGAAUCUCAUCCCAUAUGAAUGUGUGUUGUGCAUUAAACGCAAGGAAGGUCUUCUGAUAUAUCUAGUGCAGGACUUUCUACUCGGCACCAGUGUGUUUAGCAUUUCUUCAUCUUUGGGUUGGUGCUUGGAUGGCGCACGCACGGUGGCCCGAGGUGUUCUCGAGGCAUUGAUCUUCCUUCACAAUAAAGGUGUCUCCCACAACCAUUUGCUGGAUAGCACCGUUUUCAUGGACAAUGUUGGCAAUAUACGUUGCACGGACUUCUCCCUCGUGCCUCGUUUACUGGAGCUUAUUGGUGGCACAGGACAAAGCAGCAGUCGUGGAGAUUUGCCAGCCUUAGGUGCUCUGGUGGAUGGUCUCAUGCCCACCAAUAGCUAUGAAAUGCGUGAGUUUGUGGACAAGUGUAAUUCGGAUCGAACGCUGUCGGCCUCGGAGCUUUUGCAACACCCUUUCCUGCGUCUCUAUGUGGACAAUGCUCAGUUGGCACCCAAUAGUAUGCAACAGCAGCGUUUUCACAAACAAAACACAAACAUUCCCGUCCAACGUCCCACCGGACCCACUGCCGCCUUGCCCUACCAGAUACCCACCCUGGCCCUAAGCCAAUCUCGUCUUCGUACCGAAUUCGAAGUGCUUAUGUAUCUGGGCAAGGGUGCCUUUGGGGAUGUCCUCAAGGUGCGCAAUAUUCUGGACAAUCGUGAGUAUGCCAUCAAGCGCAUUCCCUUGCCGGCGCGCAGUCGUCAAUUGUACAAGAAAAUGACCAGGGAAGUGGAAUUGCUCUCCCGGCUUAACCAUGAGAAUGUUGUCCGUUAUUUCAAUAGUUGGAUCGAGAGUGUUAACGAGGCUGAUGCGGAAGCUAUGAAUAAGCUUUUGGGUGGCGAAUGGUCACAAAGCCAGCAGGACUUAAGUCAGGCCAAGACAGGUCCAUCGCCGCAACUGGGAUUGAAUCAAGGCGACGGCGACGACGAUGACGAUGACGACGACGAAGAAGACGACGACAGUUGCUCCAGCAGCAGGUGGAACGGCUACAUGGGGGGCAACAAUCUGGACGACUCCGAUUCGGAUGGCAUAGAAUUUGUUGAUUCCAAUGGCCAAGUGGCUGUCUACGAUGACGAGGAUGAAGAAGAUUCCACAAGGGUAAAAACCAGUUCACCGCGUCCCCUGAUGCAGGUCAUGUACAUCCAAAUGGAGUUCUGUGAGAAGUGCACAUUGCGCACCGCAAUCGAUGACAAUCUGUAUGAGAACACUGAAAGACUAUGGCGUCUGUUUAGGGAAAUUGCCGAGGGCUUGUCGCAUAUACAUCAGCAGGGGAUCAUUCACAGAGAUUUGAAGCCAGUCAAUAUAUUUCUCGAUUCGCAUGAUCAAAUUAAAAUUGGUGACUUUGGUCUGGCCACCACAAGUUUCUUAGCCCUGCAACCGAAUGAAAAUCCCAGCCACCAGACCCCACAUGUCCAUCAAAUAACCAGUACGGAGGAUGGAACCGGCACAGGAAAAGUGGGCACCACUCUCUAUGUGGCCCCUGAACUGACGGGCAAUGCCUCCAAAUCGGUUUACAAUCAGAAAGUGGACAUGUACACGCUGGGCAUCAUUUUGUUUGAGAUGUGCCAGCCAUCGUUCGACACCAGCAUGGAGAGAACUCAGACGAUAAUGGCCCUAAGAACCGCUGCUAUAACCAUACCAGCGAGCAUGUUGCAAGAUGUUAAGUAUGAGAAGACAGUGCAAAUGCUACGCUGGUUGCUCAACCAUGAUCCUGCCCAGCGUCCUACGGCAGAGGAGCUAUUGGCUUGCGAUUUAAUGCCGCCCGCGCAGCUAGAGGCGAAUGAACUGCAAGAAAUGAUACGUCACGCCUUGGCCAAUCCGCAGAGUAAAGCCUACAAGAAUCUAGUGGCUCGUUGCCUACAGCAGACAAGCGAUGAAGUGCUCGAGCACACCUAUCAUUUGGGGAGUAGUCGGGCCAUGAAGGCCUGGAAUUCGGCCAUUGUUAUCGAUGACAUUGUCUCUUUGAAUCCGGUUAUUGAGUUUGUCAAAGCCAAGGUGGUAAAUCUCUUUAGGAAACACGGAGCCAUCGAGGUGGACACGCCGCUGCUGUCGCCGCUUUCGGCGCGGAAUAGUGCAGCCAGCGAGAACUCCAAUGCCGUGCACCUGAUGACCCAUUCGGGUUGUGUGGUUGUCUUACCCUGCGAUCUACGCACGGAAUUCGCCCGCCAUGUCAUUCACCAUGGAGUGAAUCUUAUACGGCGCUAUUGUGUGGAUCGUGUGUACCGUGAGGAGAAAGUCUUUAACUUUCACCCGAAGCAGAACUACGAGUGCUACUUUGAUAUCAUUACUCCAACCACUGGCAGUCAUCUGGUGGAUGCAGAACUCCUCUCCCUAGCGUUUGAGAUUACCAAUGAGUUGCCCCGCUUGAGGGAAAAGAACAUUGCCAUACGCAUCAAUCAUACAAAUCUGUUGAAGGCCAUUCUCAUCUUUUGCAAUGUGCCAAAGUCACAAUACAAUGCGUUAUUCGAUGCCACCAUGGACUUCAUCGAGACCAGGACAUCUCGCUUUCAGUUUCACUCUUGCAUCGCGGGCAUAAUGGAGAAAUCCCGCACCUCGGCCCAGUCUUUGAUGGACAUGUUGUUGGUGAAUUUUCUGUUAACCGGCUCCAGGAGCAGUGUCGAUGACACGGCAUUGAAGACGCUAAUGCGAGGCAAGGGUGAAGCUGCUUCUCUGGCUCGUGGCGCUCUGAGAGAACUCGAGACUGUGGUUGGACUGGCUUAUAGUCUGGGAGUUACCUGCCCCAUAAAUAUUUGGUCCGGCCUGCCCAUUAGAUUCGAUCGAGCCAGCAACGGGGGCAUCGUUUGGCAGAUGACUGCCGAUCUUAGGCCAAAUCGUUCCGGACAUCCAUCAGUCCUGGCCGAGGGCGAACGCUAUGAUACCAUGCUGCAUGAGUUCCAGAAGGGGGCUCAGGGUUUCAAUUCCACUUUGCCCACACGUGGUGUAUUAAGUGGAGCAGGAUUGUCCUUUUCUUUGGAUAAAUUGGUGGCUGCUGUGGGAGUUGAGUAUGCCAAGGAUUGUCGAGCCAUCGAUGUGGGCAUCUGUGUGUGCGGUACACGGCCACCGCUCAAGGAUGUGACCUACAUAAUGCGACGCUUGUGGGCGGUUGGCAUACGAUGCGGAAUUGUGGAAACCGGGUGUGGUGAGGGUGGCGAUGAAGCCCAGGAUUUGGCACGUCUGGGUGCCUUGCAUGUCAUCCUGGUGGCAGAAAAUGGUUCCCUACGGGUGCGUUCCUUUGAUCGUGAUCGUUUCCAGGAGCGACACGUGACAAUAGCUGAACUAGUUGAAUUUAUACCGAAGAUCCUGAGAAAUGAGGCCAUUAAUUCUGGUUCCGUGGACUACACCAGUCAGUUGUCCAUCUUCAAUGGCGGCACUAUCAACAGUGGCGGUGGCAGAGGAGAUUGUGGUUUAAGUGUUUUCGGUCCAAGUAAGAACAGCUAUAGUCAGUUUCCUAAUGUUCAGGUGAUAUUUCACACACACGAGAAGCCAACGGCCAAUUUUAAACGUCGCUUAGAGAAUCAGGUGGCCCAGCAAAUGAGCGGCACAUUGGCUCAAUUCCUUAAAAAGGAGUCAUUUGUGGUUCUUGUGGUGGAGUUGCCGCCGUCAGUUAUCAAUGCCAUAGUCGGUGCCAUAAAUCCGCGUGAAAUACGUAAAAAAGAGACUGAGUCGGAAAUAAACUUUGUGAUUGAGAGAUUCUCUAAAUACAGACGCUCUAUAUCGGAGAUAAAUGAAGAAGUUGUGGACUAUCUGAGCGAUUCGAAAUCACCAAUUGUGGCCUUGUACAGCAUAUCAGAUUCCUACUACCGUGUUAUAAUCUAGAGACCCAUGUCGCCCCCAAGAGAUUCCAAUAACAUUUAAAACUACGCCAAGCGUAGAUAAUAAUAGACAGACAGUUAAACAAUAAGAGAGAAAGAGAAUGAUAGAAACAGAAUGAUAGCCAAGCUUAGCUUAGUUCAAAAUCUUUAAAAAGAUCCCAAAUUUGAUGUCAUCAAAAUUUAAAAAAUUUAUAUUCUUAUCCUAAAAUUUUCGAAUAUGAUUUUCACCUACCAAACGAAUCUGUCUCUGGCCUAGCACAAAAACUAUAUCUAUAUAUUUUAUAUUCUAAAUCCAUUUAGCUUUUAGUUGUGCAUCGAUGUAUUCAUUUUUUCAUGUCAUGAAACAAAAAAUCAUUUGUAAAAUCAUUUCUACCUACACAUACAUUUUGCAUUACUCUUGAAUCUGAGAUUUCUGUUACAAACAUAAACCUGAUGCUAUGAAGAAAGUCUUUACCAAAUUUACAAUGUGAAUCAUUUAUUUAUACAACUAUAUUUUAUAUUAUGUACGAGCAGCUCAGUCCAAAAACUAUUAAAUUAUGUGGGAUUACUGAAGUCCCUGCAACAAAA